AUGCCGGAACAUACGCCAGCCCCAACCCCCUCGCGAGCUAUCUACGGUUUCUGUUUGUUUCUGUUGUUUAAAACUUUGUUCAUUCUCUACGUCUUGUGGGCAUUUAUUCCUACUCACAUUUUGGACGGAAUUGGUUUGACCUAUCUUCCGGAUAAAUAUUUUGCUUUAUUUUUGCCAGUACUGGUGCUGGUGGCGGUAACGUUUUUCGCUUUCCUCGUGUACCCUUCGAUGUCGCUGGCCAUCAUGCCAGAUGUGGACGACGUGGCCACCAUCACCGACCACUACGCGAUUGUUCGCUGUCAGUAUCAAUUCCCAGAUCGACAACGCUGCAGUCGGAAGAUCGAUCGACCCUACGGGGAUAGUUGGGCCGUGAAACCGUUCUGCUCGCAGCAUUCCAUACGAGUGACGACCGCGAAGGAUUUGCGGAGUAACGUGAGGAUCUCCAAUUAUUGCGAUUGCCUUGAGGAGGACCAAUGUCUGCUGCGAAAAGAACCGGGACAUCUGGCAAAACUGCGGGCUAAAAGUACGGUGCCGGCUGUUGCAGACUUGAAUCUUGCGGAUGUUAGUCGGGUUCUAUAUCGGAAACGUAGUCGAAGAUAGUUGUACUGAUGAAAAAUAUGAAAAAAAUUCGUAAAAUGAUUAACUGGGGAUAUUUCGAAAUACAACAGCUGAAGCGUUAUGUCAUCUUGAUUCUGCAUUGCGACAGAUCGUGCCAUAAGAAACUUGUUUAAUCUAUCAUAGUACAGAAUAAGGAUCUGUGCUUAUGGUUAGUGACAACACCGUAAAAGGACGAAGAGAAUAAAUAAGAACUUAUAACAAA